AGUAAAAAUUCAAGAUGGCGGUGGAAGCGUCUGCUAAUCUACAGUUCAUGUGCAAUAUUUUAAGUUUAACUGUCAUUGUAGCAUGUGUGAUUCUUAAAGUACCUCAGAUUAUAUCUGUUUUCAACUCCAAGAGUGUUAGAGGUAUAAGCUUUAGCAGCGUCAUGUUGGAAACAUGUGGAUAUUCCAUCAUGCUGACUUACCACUUCGCCAUGCAGUAUCCACUGUCAACAUACUUCGAGUACACAUUCUUGGUGCUGCAAGAUUUAACAUUAGUUACCCUGCUGCUACACUACAGUGGUAAAUUGCAAGUUAAAAUUCUUCCGUGGUUUGCAGUCUAUUUUGUAGUGAGCAGUUCUUUUGCUUUCAGAUUUGUGCCUGAUGUUGUUUUGCAGUUGGCCAUUGGUUCUGGUCUACCACUGUCAGUCGGUAGCAAAGUGAUGCAGAUAUACUCAAUAGUGAGUAAACAGGACCCUGGACAAGUGAGUGCUGUCACAUGGGGAAUGGCUUUCUAUACAACCAUGGCGCGAAGUGUGACAACUCUUGUCCUGACAGGAGACAUCACAGUGUUGACCAAUUUUGCCCUCAGCUGUCUCCUCAACCUGACACUGAUGCUGCUGGUCAUUUACUACAGGAGGAUCAGCAAGAAGAAGCUCUAUUAGGAUUACUAUUGAAUCCUGCAUGAGCAGGAUAUUUGUUAAGUCA